AUGAGGGAUUUGUCACGAGUACGUAUAAACUUGACAGGGCACGUCAUCGAUGCGAUCAACAUCUCCAUGAUAGAAUCUGAAUUAAAACCAGCUCUGAAGAAUGCAUCGGUAAACAGCCCGAAACUCUAUACGGCUUUGUCACUACAGAAUUGGCUAGAGCUUCUCUUGGACCAGCCGGGAACACAACUUUGCCAGCUGAAAGGGAUUACCCGUAAAACAACGGUGAAGGACAUGGCAGAUAGGAUCAGAGAUUCUGCUGAUGCCAACGCUUAUCAACUGCCCACAUCGUCCAAACCCUACUUGUCGUUCUCGAUAGAAAAUAUCUUAAGUGAAGGCACAUUUGGUCCACGAAACCAGCAAAGGAAAGUACACGCCCAGAAAUAUGAAAGUUUCAGAAAAGAGAAGUCUAAAAAGGCAUCUGUAGAGACUCUCUUUACACGUCUUCCCUGGCUCGCCUACACACGGUAUUGCCCUCCAAAAAUUCCAAGAUCCAAACCUCGGAAAGGUUCUCGACGACAUAAAUUAGACAGAAAUCCAAGAAUACCCUUCUCUAGUUCACAGUUGGCUGCACUGGAAGCCAAAUUUAUUCAGACCCAGUACCUGUCGGGCUCAGAGGUGCGUGACUUAUCAUCCACGCUGAGAGUCACUGAGCACCGAGUGAAGAUUUGGUUCCAGAACAGGAGAGCGCGCGAAAAGAAAACUCAAGCAGCUAGCGCCGAAAAGUCAGGGCCACCACAAAGUGAAACUUAA